AAAAGACUUGUUGGAAGUUGAAAUUGAAGAGAAAAAUCUCAUAGUGGACUCUGAGCAGGACUAAGUACACAGUGCUGAUGGCAGCGUGUGCUGCUCAUGCUUCAGAGGAAAACAUCUUGAAGACUGUGGAACUACUGCUGUCAAGGAAUGUCAACCCUAACCUUACUUGCAGGAGACAAAUGACUCCGUUGAGGUAUGCAGCUAGAAAAGGCUCUUCUCGUGGUGUUGGUCUUCUUGUUGCUCAUGGAUCACACAUAAAUGCCCAAGAUGAAGAUGGAUGUUCAGCAUUAAUAUGGGCAGCACACCAUGGACACAAAAAUGUCAUUUUUAAGUUGCUGGAGCUUGGAGCUGACAAAAAUCUACAGACUAAGGAUGAGAAGACAGCAGCAGAGCUAGCAAAAAUCAAUAAGCAUUCAGAGAUUUAUAGUUUACUCUCUUUGGCUGUAAAUCCCUCGCAAGGGAAAUACCAUGAAACGAUGAAGCAAGAGGCUAGCUACAAAUUUCUGACAGCUGUCCCUGACCACAGAGUUGGUUUCUAUUCAGCUUUGGAUGACAUGGAAGUAUUUUUACAUGGUCCUGGUCUAGAACACCUAAUAGGAUUAUCGAAGGAGGAUGCCAUCAUGAAAUCCAAUCCUAGCAGUCUCCUUAAAACGCUGGAACUAGUUCAGGCUGCACUCUGUGCCUGA